AUGAAAGCUCACACCGGCCCGGCAGCACCACAAAAUCGCACAACUCGUCAAUCCGGCUACGGAUCAGCCACCCCUGAAGUGAAUCCUGCUCCUAAUCUUCAAUGUGAAGGUUGCUGUUUGCCGGGUCCACCAGGACCAGCUGGACCACCCGGAAAACCCGGCAAACCCGGCCGUCCAGGAGCACCAGGAACUCCAGGAGUACCCGGAAAGCCACCCACGGCGCCAUGUGAACCUACCACUCCCCCACCAUGCAAGCCUUGCCCACAGGGACCACCCGGCCCACCAGGACCACCAGGACCACCUGGAGAUCCAGGAGAGGCUGGAACC